UCGUUGCAGCAGUUGUGUCGGCGAUUAGUUUCAGUCGCGGUUGUAGAGUUUAAUGUAUUUACGGUUUGCAUAACCAUCGAAGAAUGGCUGCUGUUGAUUUAAAAAGCUUGGAUAAACAAAAUAUGGAGAAGUUCCUCGAGUCCUUCGACAUCGUUUUGUCUGACUGUGACGGUGUAUUAUGGAGAGAAACUGAUGUAAUAAACGGUUCACCCGAAGCGGUUAAUAAGUUAAAGCAAUUGGGAAAAAAAUUUUUCUUCGUUACGAACAACAAUGGUAAUACGAGAUUAGAACUUGUCAAAAAGUGCAAAAAUUUCGGUUAUAAUGCCGUGACGGAAGAAAUUCUUUGUACUUCAUAUUUGGCAGCUGUUUAUUUAAAAGAGAAAAAUUUUCAAAAGAAAGUUUAUAUUGUUGGGAGUGAAGGAAUUGCUCAAGAAUUAGACGCUCAGGGUAUUAAGCAUUUCGGUGUUGGACCGGAUGUAAUGAUAGGUAAUGAAUUAGAUAUACACAAGUCUUUUGAACCUGAUCCAGAUGUUGGUGCUGUUAUCGUAGGUUUCGAUAAGCAUUUUAGCUAUCCGAAGCUGGUCAAGGCUGCGACUUAUGCUCAAAUGCCCGGGGUUCAUUUUCUCGGCACAAAUCCGGAUCUCCAGAGGCCUUCGCCAUAUAAAACCCGUUAUCCAGGCGCUGGGUGUUUUCUACUUGCCAUUGAGGCUGCCGCUGGAAAAAAAGCUGUAAUUUUAGGCAAACCGGAGACAUUCAUUAGCGAAAUUAUAAAGCAAAAGUUUCACGUUAAUCCGUCUCGAACUUUAAUGAUUGGAGAUAACUUGAACACAGAUAUUCUGCUUGGUAAACGUUGUGGUUAUUUGACGCUGAUGGUUUUGUCAGGGAUAACAAGUCAAGAGGAUCUUGAAGUUUUAAAGAAUUCAAAUAGUUCAAUUCUACCAGAUUUUUGGACGAAUCAGUUGUCAGAUCUCCACGCCUGUCUUAAUACGCUAUCAUAAAAAGUUUGAUAUUAUUAAUAGCAUUAGCAUCUUGUACCUAAUAAUGAGAAUGAGAAGUCGAC